UCAUCUCUCUGUCUCCAACUUUGCCGUCCUUAGAAAAAAUCGGCCGAAGAAUCUCUUCCUUGAUUCAAUCCUUCUCAGCCGUCAGAUCUGACCCCCUCCAGAGACGCCUCAUUGUCCCUUCCUUUUACGCUCUCUUCCUCGAUAGAACAAGUAACUGGAGAAAAAGGAAGCUGUAUUUACUUGCCGUAGUGUCAUUUCCCGGAAAGUUCUCCGGUCGGUUAUGAUGGCUUUGAUGAUAAACAGUAGGAAAGCAUAGACACUUGUCUAGCGGCGGGUGUUUUUGAGUUUUCUGCUGCUGGUAAAUGGGCUGCUUCCACUCGAAAGUGACUAAGCAAUUCCCUGGACACGAAGACCCUGUAAUUCUUGCUUCACAAACAGCUUUCACUGUUAGUGAAGUUGAAGCUUUGUUCGAGUUAUUCAAGAGCAUUAGCAGUUCCUUGAUAGACGAUGGGCUGAUCAACAAGGAAGAGUUUCAGUUAGCUCUGUUUAAGAACAGGAAGAAAGAGAAUCUGUUUGCAAAUCGGAUAUUUGAUCUUUUUGAUGUUAAGCAAAAGGGAGUAAUUGAUUUUGGAGACUUUGUUCGUUCACUCAAUGUCUUCCAUCCUAAUGCCCCUCAAGAAGACAAGAUUGAUUUUACAUUUAAACUCUAUGAUAUGGACAGUACAGGAUGUAUUGAGCGACAUGAGGUAAAGCAGAUGUUAAUUGCACUGCUGUGUGAAUCUGAGAUGAAGUUGGCUGAUGAAACCGUCGAGGCAAUUCUUGAUAAGACGUUCUUGGAUGCUGAUGUUAAUCAGGAUGGAAAGAUAGAUAGAAGUGAGUGGCAGAAUUUUGUUUCCCGGAAUCCAUCAUUACUGAAAAUUAUGACCCUUUCUUAUCUCAGGGACAUAACGACAACAUUUCCAAGCUUUGUUUUCAAUUCCGAGGUCGAAGAGGUUGCAACCUAGGAAAAUUCAUGUCAUGCUUAGUAAAUUUAUAUGAUUGUUGGAAGGCAAUUUUUGGCUUGACUUGUACACACACAAUAACUAUGUGCAAAGGAUGCCGUUGAUUUUUUUUUAUUUUUAUUUUUGGGAUGUUAGAGCAUAGCUCUCUACAUCAAUUGGGGUAGCAGCUGCAUAUAAAUUAGGAAUGCAAGUUCACUGUAUAUUCAUUUUGAUACUGUUUGCCAGUUUUUCUAAUCAUAAAUUCUCUUUUCUUGGAAA